GAAGUACUUUGCAUUCCCAAUGUCACUCCGAAACAAGAUAAAGUUAAUAGAUCCGUCCGAAGACCCAGGAAAAACCGCCCAAAAGAAUGUUGUGGAACUGCCCUUCAAUCACGCAAAAGGCUGUUGAUGAAUGGAUGCAAAGAGACUGAACAGAUAAACUCCUGGGAUGAUGCAUCAUGUGGAGUAAAACAUGCUGAAGAUCCUAAAAAUUACUCUGAGCAAGAAACGGAGGAGACUGUCAGCAAUGUUCUCAGACAAACUCUUGUUCCAUACUUGUCUCCUUCAUCCUCUGAUAAUGGUGAUACUGGUCCAUGGCUCCGGUCCGUCUACUUAUCUCCAGGUGGUGACCUCCCCUGCUCCCCAAUUAUGCCUUCAACACCUUCUAAUUACCUCGGACUGAGUCCUUCCCUCUUCUCUUCUCCCGGAGAUCACAUGCUCCAAGGGGAGUGUUCCCAAGUACUGUUUGAGGAGGUUCAGCUAAGUUCCUGUUCCUCACCUGAUCUGCAGAAGGCUUCUCCUGCAUUCACUCUGGAUCACAGUUACCAGUCACAGAGUGAGAACAGCUCCGGAAGUGGAACUUGGAAGCACACGCAGCAGCCACAGUAUGAGAUCAAAUCAGAGGUUGAAGGUGGAAUACGUAACAUCCAGUUUCAAAACAAAAGGAAAGAAUGUGGUGAGAAAAGAAGGCAAAAGGAAGGCAUCCCUAACCCUAGUAAUUGGGCCAAUAAAUCUUUUCCCAAUACCGUGCGGUGUCCUGGAAAACGAAACAAACGAAGACCUAAUAGCUUAUCUAGACUGCAACGUCUCAGGAAGAAAUGUGUGAAUGGUUUCAUCAUGUUCUGCCAAUUGAACAGAAAGCUCUAUCUAAGUGCACAUCCUGGGACAGCAUCCACAGAAGCCACCAAGGAAUUGGCAGAAUUGUGGAGAGAGAUGUCCGCUUUGGAGAGACGACCAUACUGUAUAAGAGCAUACCAGUUUAGUGUGUUGCACGACCGAUUGGUUAAAAAAGGCUCUUCGGGCAUCUUACAUGGAAGUCUCUAACGACUGAAACCUUUGUCAGUGUCGCUUACAGAGAAGAUGGCACACGUCAUGAAACAAUGAUCAAAUCGUUUCCCAUCAACAUAUGUUGUGUGGUUGUUUUUGCAGUAAACAUACAUUUUAAUAUUGCAUGUUUUAUUAGUUAUAUAUUUA